AGCCCUGCCUGUCAAAGUUCCUUCUUUCACCGAGCCCAGCAGCCACGUUCGGCAAAUUUUCCCCGUGUCGCGUUCGAAAUCCGUGCAAAAAGUCCAGGAAAUCCGCAUCGAAACGCCCGGAAUCCGGUCCCAAUGAGUGAGACCAUCGCCUGCACGCCGGAGUCGGUCGUGUUCGACGCGCCCCAGCUCCAGUUCAACGAGGAGGGAUGGGGUCCGUGCGAGCUGCCGGACGCGUUCCGGGACAUCCCGUACCAGCCGUUCAGCAAGAGUGACCGCCUCGGCAAGAUCUCCGACUGGACCGGCACGGCCCAGACCGAUAAGAAGUAUUCGAAUAAGUACAACUCCCAGUUUGGCGGUGGCAGCCAGUAUGCGUACUACCACGAGGAGGACGAGACGACAUUCCACCUGGUGGACAGCGCCCGGGUGCAGAAGCCGCCGCACCAGCGUGGCCGCUUCCGGGGCAACAUGCGCGGAAACCGGGGCCGCGGCCGUGGCAAUCGCGGUGGCGUCCAGGGCGGUGGCAUGACCAACCUCUCGAAGAACGCCAACAAGGGCCGCGAUCAACGGCGCGGAACGACCCGCAAGUGGGGCAACCGUAUGCCGCCACCGAAGAUCCGGGACGCGUCCGUGGCCGUCCGACCGGACUGGGUUACCAUCGAGGAGAUGGACUUCCCGCGGCUGUCGAAGCUGUCGUUGCCCAGCGUGAAGGAGGGCGAGGACAUUUCCACCUGCGGAACGCUCGAGUACUACGACAAGGUGUACGAUCGCGUCAACGUGAAGAACGAGAAGCCGCUGCAGCGUGUGGACCGUAUCUUCCACACCGUGACCACCACCGACGACCCGAUCAUCCGCCAGCUGUCCAAGACGCACGGCAAUGUUUACGCCACGGACUCGAUCCUGGCCACGAUCAUGUGCUGCACCCGGUCCAACUACUCGUGGGACAUCGUCAUCGAGAAGAUCGGCGACAAGCUGUUCAUGGACAAGCGCGACAACACGGAGUUUGACCUGCUGACGGUCAACGAAACCGCCAUCGAACCCCCGCAAGAGGACGGAAAUUCGCUCAACUCACCGCGCAAUCUGGCCAUCGAAGCGACCUUCAUCAACCACAACUUUAGCCAGCAGGUGCUGAAGAGUGGCGAGAAGGAGACCAAGUUCAAGUUCGAAGACGCCAACCCCUUCAUCGGAGACGACGAAGACGGCGAGGUCGCCAGUGUUGCCUAUCGCUACCGCAAGUGGGACUUGAACAACGGAAUCGUCCUGGUCGCCCGUUGCGAACACGACGCCGUCCUCCUAACCCCGCAAGGCGACACCCAAUUCCUCACCAUUAAAGCCCUCAACGAGUGGGACUCGAAGGUCGCCAACGGAGUCGAGUGGCGCCAGAAGCUGGACACGCAGCGCGGUGCCGUCCUCGCCAACGAACUGCGCAACAACUCGUGCAAGCUGGCCAAGUGGACCGUCCAAGCGCUGCUCGCCGGCUCCGAUCAGAUCAAGUUCGGAUACGUCUCGCGUGCCCACGUCCGCGACUCGUCCCGGCACGUCAUCCUCGGCACCCAGCAGUUCAAGCCGCACGAGUUCGCCAACCAGAUCAAUCUGAGCAUGGACAACGCCUGGGGCAUCCUGCGCUGCAUCAUCGACAUCUGCAUGAAGCAAAAGGACGGCAAGUACCUCAUCAUGAAGGACCCUAACAAGCCGAUGAUCCGCCUGUACGACAUCCCGGACCACACGUUCGAGAGCGACGGCGAGGAGGAAGAGGGCGAUGACGAAACGUCCGCCUUCCAGCCGUACUCGUACACGGCCAAGCCGGCGGCCACUGCCGCUGCACCUGCAGCGGUUCCAACUCCGGUUGCAGCAGCGGCCGCCCCGGCGGCUGCUCCGGCCACCGCCGCGGCUGCCGUCGCAGCGACUCCCGCUGAAGAAGCACCCAAGACAACCACUCCAACUAGCGCUGCCGCGGCAGUGGCACAGAAGUAAACACAUUUUAUCUUGAACGUCUUGAAAAACCUCCCAGCAGCAGCAGUUAUAUAAACACUUUAUAAUAUUCUAACAAUUGUAACACAUACACACACAUUAUUGAUUGUAAACAGGUAGUGGAAGCGAGAAGAGAAGAGGAAAGUUUCGUCAGUGCGAAUGGAAAAGAAUAAAGUUUUUCCGGUGGUUUGGUCGCUGCGGUGGCGAGCCCCCGGAAGGACACCAAA